AUGGCUGUUCAAGAUGUCAUCAGGAAGAAGUCAAAGGCUCAUGGUGAUCCUGUAGCUAGACAGAAGCUGAUGUGGGUUGUUGGCCACGGAAUGACACUGGGUUUGGGAGCUAUUUACGCACUGUUCUAUCUUUGGCAAUGCUUGACCAUGUACCGGUACAGAUCCUGGAAAACCCUAUUUUUGAUUGCCAGACCUCCACAGGUCAAGUCCCAGACAUGGUUGCAGCUUUUGUGGCGGUCCUUGCCUCAAAUAAGCUACCGGUUGUCGUUGGUUGGUGUACUGUUAGCUUACUCCGUGGCCAGCUAUCAAAAAUGGUAUUCGCUGAACCCUUCCUGGUACGACCUUUUGAGCAGAGAAAACUUUCAAGGUGUUCUGAUUGCAGUAUUGUGGUUGUUUAGCAGAGCGUCGCUUUUCAAGCUGGUACCCUUUAUUCUCACCAGUUUUCUGCAUCUCACAGUUAAGGCCGACCAGAAAGCGGACGUGAAGAAAGACGACGACAAAGACGACGAAAAGAGGCCGUUGAAUGAUAACGAGGACAAGAAGACAAAACAAAAGGACAACACCACUACGUUUUUGCACAUAAUUGCGUACUCCGAGCUUGUUACGGUGGUGAGCCUAUUUUUUGACAUCAUCACAUUCCGGGAUGGUGUUGGUGGAUUUGUGCUGGUGAUAUAUUUGUCGAUCUACUGGCUAAGACUGAACUUCUCGCCCUACGCGCAAGAAACGCUGCUGAGACUCAUCUUGAAAGUGGACAAGAAGAUUCCUCCCAAGUACCAUUCUCAAUGGAAGGAUAUCAAGCAGUUCCUUUACCUCAGAAUGGACGAGAGCCGCAAACAAGGUUAG